UCAGUCACACAGCUGUUCCCUUUCCAAGAUGCUAUUUUGGCACAACCAGCCAGAGCACCUGUGGCCCAGUCCUGGGGAACUGUACCCCGGGCCUCCAAGUGGCUUGCUCAGGGAGUCCCUGCCCUUGUCCUACCUGAAGCAGGAAGAGCUGCACAACAUCCCCAGCUCGGAGCCUCCCGGCCCCGCCUUCCAGUAUGUGCUCUGCGCAGCCACCUCACCGGCAGUGAAGCAGCAGGAGGAGACCCUCACCUACCUGAACCAGGGCCAGUCCUACGAGGUGCGGAUGCUCUACAACCCCAAGCCUGGUGACGCUACCCAGUGGGCCCGGCUGCUGAAGAGUGUGGUGCGUGUGGUUUUCCACGACCGGCGCCUGCAGUACACGGAGCAGCAGCAGCUGGAGGGGUGGAGGUGGAGCCGGCCCGGGGACCGCAUCCUGGACAUCGAUGUGCCACUGUCUGUGGGGGUGAUAGAACCCCAAGUGCUGCCCUCACAGCUCAACACGGUGGAAUUUCACUGGGACCCGACCCAGAGGACCUCCCUCUUCCUGCAGGUUCACUGCAUCAGCACGGAGUUCACUCCUCGGAAGAAAGGUGGAGAGAAAGGUGUCCCCUUCCGCCUCCAGAUUGACACUUUCAAGCCCAGUGACAAGGAACUGCCGCCUGAGCACCUGCACUCAGCUGGCUGCCUCAUCAAGGUGUUCAAGCCCAAAGGAGCUGACCGGAAACUGAGAACAGACCGGGAGAAGAUCGAGAAACAGCCGCUGCACGAGAGAGACAAGUAUCAUGCUGCCAGUGAGACCACGGUCUUCCUGGAGUGUUCACCGUGGCCGGAUCCCAGCGCAGGGCCCCACCCGCCUCUCAGCCCUUUUGCCCUGACCUCUCCCCACUCCUGCAAGCUGCUGUUCCCGGAGAGGCUCUGCUCCUCCUCACCGUUCGCCUUGGACACCCUGGGGGGCAGCCCCGCUGAGGAUCUGAACCCUGGAGCCUCCAUCCUAGAGACACAGCAGUGGCUGCACCGGCACCGGUUCUCCUGCUACUGCCGGAUGCUGGCCAAUUUCACUGGCACCGAUCUUCUGAAGCUUACCCGCCGGGACCUUAUCCAGAUAUGCGGGGCUGCCGACGGGAUCCGCCUUUUCAAUGCUCUUAGAGCCAGGCCCAUCCGUCACCGGCUGACUUUGUAUGUGGCUCAGGAAGCCUCUAGGCAAGAGAACGAGGUUCCUAAGAACCCUGACUCAGGCUUUUAUCAAGAGAUCUCUCUAGAUGAACUCAGCGUUGUAGAGCUAAAGGGGAAACUGGCUGAGCUCUUGGCCCUCCCAGCCAAUCAGAUCCACCGCCUCUUCCACCAGGGCCCUGGGGGCAUCCUCAUUCUCCUCAGUGACCAGGUGGUUCAAAAUCUUGAAGAUGAAUCAUACUUUGUGGCUGUGGUGAAAAAAGUGCAGGAUCCAGAUGGCUACUGCCUGGUUCUGACCUAGGCCCAGGGACAUCCCGCUGCAAGAGUUGGAGGCCGAUGCAGGCCUGGUUCUCUGGAGCUCCGUGUUCACCAGAGGUCUUGUUCAAAUCCUCAGCCGCCUCGCCAGGCUCCAGCUGAAGCGCCGUGGCCUAGCCCUAGGAGGCGAGCAGCCCCCAGGCUCAUAGCUCUUCUGCUGGGCCGCAGUGGUUGGAACCUGGGCAAGGGCUCCCAAGCGCAGCUCAGCGGGCCAGGCCUGUGAGGCACAGAACUUGCCCGUAUGCAUAAGGCGCUUUUGCCCCAGGCAGAGCUGCCUGAACACACGGUGCAUUGAUUCCAUGUUUAUUUAAAAUUGUGCUCACCGUUUCCUUUUCUUAACAUUAAAAGCUAAUUUAAGAAUAUAUAUCUUUAA